AUGCCGCGCGAAAUCAUCACACUCCAGGCCGGGCAGUGCGGCAAUCAAGUCGGUAGCGAGUUUUGGCGGCAACUCUGCUUAGAACACGGCAUCCGGCUGGAUGGGGUGGUGGAGCCCUUCGCGAUCGGCGGUGACGACCGCAAGGACGUCUUUUUCUACCAAGCCGAUGACGACCACUACGUGCCGCGCGCGCUGCUGAUCGAUAUGGAGCCCCGCGUGAUUCAUUCGAUUCAACGCGGCGCGAUGCAGAAGCUGUUCAACGCGGAAAACGUCUUCAUCCACCAGGAAGGUGGGGGGGCGGGGAAUAACUGGUCGCACGGCUACGAGCUCGGCGACCAGGUGCAGGAGACGCUCUUCGACAUGAUCGAGCGCGAGGCGGAGAACAGCGACAGCCUCGAGGGCUUCGUCCUGACGCAUUCCAUCGCGGGCGGAACGGGGAGCGGGAUCGGGAGCUACCUCCUCGAGAACCUCAGCGAUCGCUUUCCGAAGAAGCUCACGCAGACGUACAGCGUCUUCCCGAAUCAAUCCCGCGGUGGUGAGAGCGAUGUCAUUGUGCAGCCCUACAACAGUCUCCUCGCGAUCAAACGGCUCACCCUCCACGCUGAUUGCGUGGUCGUCCUCGAUAACACCGCGCUGAAUCGCGUCGUAACGGAUAACCUCCACAUCCCUUCCCCCACGGUCGAGCAGAUGAACGGGCUGGUGAGCACCGUGAUGGCGGCGUCCACCGCCACCCUGCGUUAUCCAGGGUAUAUGAAUCACGACCUCAUGAGCAUGCUCGCCUCCCUGAUCCCCACCCCACGCUGCCAUUUCGUCUGCACGGGCUACACCCCGACAACGCUCGACACCUCGAAUAUCCAAUCCGCGGUGCGAAAGACCUCCGUGCAUGACGUCAUGCGGCGGCUGUUGCUGCCGAAGAAUAUGAUGGUAUCGACCUCGAUGAAGAGCGGGUGCUACAUCUCCCUGCUCAACCUCAUCCAGGGCGAUGUCGACCCCGCCCAGGUGCAUCGCUCCCUCGAGCGGAUCCGAGAGCGGUCGCCGAACUUCAUCCCGUGGGGUCCGGCGUCGAUCCAGGUGAUUCUCUCGCGGAAGUCGCCGUAUUUGGAUACCCGGCAUCGCGUGAGCGGGCUCGUGCUCGCCAACCACACCAGCAUUCGCACCCUCUUUCAGCGCACGCUGAAGCAGUUUGAUACGCUUUUCGGUCGAGGCGUCUUUCUCGAUCAAUACCGCAAGUAUGGCCCGACGAAAGAAAGCUUGGACGAGUUCAAGGAUUCCAGAGAGGUGGUGGAUACGUUGAUUGAGGAGUACAAAGCCUGCGAAGGGUCGGAUUACAUCCGAAACUUUUAA